ACUCAUCUUUCUUUUUGUUCUUAAUCCAAAAAUUCGACCCUUCGUGUAACCAGACUCACCGCCAUCGCCGCCGCGCCGUCCGUCUACGAACCCGUAGCCUGAACUUCGUAUGGAGAUUUCCUCGGCCGAGUCGCUAUCUGUCUCCGGUGCGGCCGCUUCCGAGGUUUCGUCGGAGUCGGCGGCAUCUUCUUCUUCCUGCUCGUCUUCUUCUUCUGCAUCGUCGCCAAAUCAGGCAUCUCCUGUGGCUUCGGAGACCGCUGUUUCUGCGGCGGCCGCAUCGAGGUACGUCGAUGAUGACGAAGACGAGGAGGACGUGUGCAGGAUCUGUCGGAAUCCGGGAGAUCCGGAUAAUCCGCUACGCUAUCCGUGCGCUUGCAGCGGAAGCAUCAAGUUUGUUCACCAGGAUUGCCUUCUUCAGUGGCUUAAUCACAGCAACGCUCGUCAAUGCGAGGUUUGUAAGCAUCCCUUUUCGUUCUCCCCAGUUUAUGCUGCAAAUGCUCCGACGAGGCUCCCUUUCCAGGAGUUUGUUGUUGGUAUUGCUAUGAAGGCCUGCCAUGUUCUGCAGUUCUUUCUGCGUCUGAGUUUCGUGCUCUCUGUUUGGCUCCUCAUUAUCCCCUUCAUUACGUUUUGGAUAUGGAGAUUGGCUUUCGUACGGAGUUUUGGUGAAGCCCAGAGAUUGUUUUUAAGCCACAUCUCCACUACAGUGAUCCUCACUGAUUGUUUACAUGGGUUUCUACUGUCUGCGAGUAUUGUGUUUAUUUUCCUUGGGGCCACUUCGUUAAGGGAUUACUUUAGGCACUUGCGUGAGCUAGGAGGACAAGAGGAGAGAGAAGAUGAAGGAGAUAGAAAUGGUGCUCGUGUAGCAAGAAGACCUGCUGGACCGGCUAAUAGGAAUCUCCCUGGAGAAGGAAAUGGCGAAGACGCUGGAGGACAAGGUGCUGUUGUUGGUCAAAUUGCUAGAAGGAAUCCUGAAAAUGCUCCUGCAAGAUGGGACAUACCAGCUGUUCGUCUUGAGGUUCAGGUUGAACAGAUGUUUGAUGGCCUCGAUGAUGCUGAUGGUGCAGAAGAUGUUCCGUUUGAUGAGCUUGUCGGGAUGCAAGGUCCCGUGUUUCAUUUGGUCGAGAAUGCCUUUACUGUUCUAGCUAGUAAUAUGAUAUUCCUUGGUGUUGUGAUCUUUGUGCCCUUCACAGUGGGACGGAGUAUCCUGUAUCAUGUGUCAUGGCUUUUUGCUGCUGCAAAUGGUCCCGUAGCGACAGCAGCGAUAAGUUUCACUGAGACUGGACUAUCAUUGGCAAAUAUAACACUGAAGAACACAUUAACGUCUGUAUCAAAUUUGACUGAGGGCCAAGAAAGUGGGUUGCUUGAUCAGGUCACGGAAAUGUUGAAAGUAAAUGGCAGCGAGAUAAAUGGACCAAACAGCACAUUCUCACUUUCUGCUGAGCUCAUGAAAGGCUCUACUGCAGGAGCAUCAAAAUUAUCCGAUGUUACAACCCUGGCUGUGGGAUACAUGUUUAUUAUUUUUCUUGUGUUCCUCUACCUUGGGAUCAUUGCACUGAUACGUUAUGCUAAGGGUGAGCCAUUGACUGUCGGGAGAUUUUAUGGUAUCGCUUCUAUAGUGGAAGCUGUGCCAUCUAUCAUUAGGCAGUUCUUGGCUGCGAUGAAGCAUCUGAUGACCAUGAUUAAAGUAGCCUUCCUUUUAGUCAUUGAGCUUGGGGUCUUCCCUCUAAUGUGUGGAUGGUGGCUAGAUGUUUGUACGGUUAGGAUGUUUGGGAAAACGAUGCCCCACAGAGUACAAUUUCUAUCAGUUUCUCCAUUGGCAAGUUCACUCGUUCACUGGGUUGUCGGAAUCAUGUAUAUGUUACAAAUAAGCAUCUUUGUCAGCCUUCUCCGAGGGGUUCUUCGCCCUGGAGUUCUGUAUUUCCUUCGUGAUCCUGCUGAUCCCAAUUACAAUCCCUUCCGCGAUUUGAUUGAUGAUCCAGUACACAAGCACGCUCGGAGGGUUCUUUUAUCUGUUGCGGUGUAUGGGAGUUUGAUUGUCAUGUUGGUAUUUUUACCUGUCAAACUUGCGAUGCGGAUGGCACCUUCCAUCUUCCCGCUUGAUAUAUCAGUGUCCGAUCCCUUCACUGAAAUUCCAGUUGACAUGCUCCUCUUCCAAAUAUGCAUACCAUUUGCCAUUGAACAUUUCAAACUCAGAACCACGAUUAAGUCCCUUCUGCACUAUUGGUUCAGCAGUGUCGGUUGGGCGCUUGGUCUGACCGAUUUCCUCUUGCCCAGACCAGAAGACAACAAUGGACAGGACAAUGUAAACGUUGAACCCGGGAGGCAGAACAGGCCACAGGCUCUGCAAGUUGGUGUACCUGAUCGGGCCAUGGUCGCUCUUCCAGCUGCUGAAGAUCCUAACAGAAGGCUUAUUCGGGCUGCUGGGAAUUCCAACGUCGCAGAGGAAUAUGAAGUUGAUGAUGAACAAUCUGAGUCCGACAAGUACAGCUUUGUCCUCCGGAUAAUCGUCCUAUUGCUGGUUGCCUGGAUGACUCUUCUUGUCUUCAACUCUGCGCUGGUAGUCGUGCCAGUUUCUCUGGGACGUGCUCUCUUCAACACUAUUCCUCUCCUCCCAGUAACCCAUGGCAUCAAAUUCAAUGAUCUCUAUGCAUUUGUUAUCGGCACAUAUGCCAUUUGGACCUCCGUAGCUGGAGUCAGGUAUGCUAUCGAGCACAUUAAAUCGAAGAGGACUUCUGUCUUGCUUAACCAGAUAUGGAAGUGGUGUGCCAUUGUUUUCAAGAGCUCUGCUCUAUUAUCCAUAUGGAUUUUCGUCAUUCCGGUACUGAUCGGCCUUCUGGUUGAGCUGUUGGUGAUUGUUCCGAUGAGAGUUCCUGUGGAUGAGAGCCCAGUCUUUCUCCUGUAUCAGGACUGGGCUCUUGGUCUGAUUUUCCUCAAGAUCUGGACACAACUGGUAAUGCUGAAUCACAUGUUUCCGUUGGUGGAUGAAAGCUGGCGAGCAAAGUUCGAGAGGGUAAGGGAAGACGGAUUCUCGAGGCUGCAAGGGCUGUGGGUACUCCGAGAGAUCGUAUUCCCGAUCGUGAUGAAGCUACUGACCGCAUUAUGUGUGCCUUAUGUACUUGCUCGGGGAGUAUUCCCGAUGCUUGGGUACCCGCUAGUGGUGAACUCGGCGGUCUACAGGUUCGCGUGGUUAGGUUGCCUGUCUUUCAGCCUCUUCUGCUUCUGCGCUAAGAGAUGCCACGCCUGGUUCACCAACCUCCACAACUCUAUCCGGGACGACCGUUACCUCAUCGGCCGCCGGCUCCACAACUUCGGGGAAGACAAUGGAAAUCAAGCUGAUGCCGCCUCAGCUUCACAGUCAGAGAGACAGCAGCGAUAA